AUGACCAUCCUGCUAAAGAGAUCAAAGACAGACCAAUUUGGAAAGGGAGUCCAUAUUGUCAUUGGACCGGCCGGUCGCCCUUACUGCCCUGUGUAUGCUAUGCUACGCUACCUGGCGAUGAUUGGCAGUCGAAACGCAUCCACUCCUCUGUAUGUACUUGCCAAGGGUGUGCCGUUAUCCAGAGCUGUUUUCACCAGUACUGUGCGCUUGCUGCUUGAAAAGGCUGCGGUGCCAAACAUCGAACUCUACUCGGGGCACUCAUUCCGAAUUGGCGCAGCUACUACCGCUGCCAUGGCAGGGAUACCUGAUUCGCUGAUUCGUUCUGCCGGCAGGUGGCAGAGCGAUGUGUGUCUACGCUAUAUGCGAAUUCCAAUGGAGACCAAGUCCAAGAUCUCGGCUCAGCUUGCCUCAGUGAGUGACCUUAUCUGA